AUGGGAGACCAGCCUUUAAGGGUGCUUGCUUGUGGUGACGUUGAAGGAAGAAUUGACGCUUUGUUUAAUCGGGUAAAAACCAUCCAGAAAAAGAGCGGGCAAUUUGAUUUGUUAUUAUGCGUUGGGGAUUUUUUCGGCUCCUCUCCAGAGUCCGAAGGUGAAUGGGAGCAAUACAAAUCUGGAGCCAAGAAAGCACCCAUCCACACAUAUAUCCUGGGGGCAGCAAGUCAAGACACAGUGAAGUAUUUCCCCAGCGCAGAUGGAUGCGAAUUGGCUGAAAACAUCACUUAUCUUGGUCGGAGGGGCACCUUUACGGGGGCAUCAGGCCUACAGAUUGCAUACGUCAGUGGGCGGGAGGGGUUACAGGAACCUGCUCCAGCACACUGCUUCACCCCAAAGGACAUCACUGCUCUGAUUAAUCCACUGGCAUCCAACUCCAAGUUUAAAGGAGUGGACAUACUGCUGACCUCCCAGUGGCCCCGUGGAGUGUGGCAGUAUGGAAACAAUCCAGAAGUUGACACAAAGUUUUGUGGUGUGGCCUCUAUUGCAAACCUGGCUGAUAAACUUAAGCCUCGUUAUCACUUCUCGGCGCUGGAGGGAGUGUACUAUGAACGGCUUCCAUACAGGAAUCAUGUGGUCCUUCAGGAGAAUGCCCAGCAUGUUACCAGGUUCAUUGCUCUAGCUACGGUCAACAACACAGCCAAGAAAAAGUACCUGUAUGCAUUCAACAUUGUUCCAAUGAAAAAUAUGGACCCAGCGGAGCUGGUCAAACAACCCCAGGAUGUGACUGAGAACCCUUACAGGAAAACCAUGAAGGAGGGAAAGAAAGCCAAGCCUCCAGCCGCUGCUGAGGAAGAGCCACCAGCUCAGUUCUUCUUUGAUCUGGGGAAGAAGAAACAACAACAUCAACAGCAGCACAGUGCAGGAGGCAGGAAAAGACCCUCAGAUGGAGAUAGACACACCCAGCCUAAACAGCCUCGCAGACCCCCUCAGCCAUCUGGACCCUGCUGGUUUUGUCUAGCUAGCCCAGAGGUGGAGAAACACCUGGUCAUCAGCAUUGGCACACAUUGUUACAUGGCACUGGCUAAGGGUGGACUGACUCCCGACCAUGUGCUGCUUCUGCCCAUUGGUCAUUACCAGUCAGUGGUGGACCUGGCUUCAGAAGUGGUAGAAGAGAUGGAAAAAUAUAAGAGCGCUGUCAGGAAGUUCUGUAAGAGCCGCGGAUACCGGUGCAUUCUGUUUGAGAGGAAUUAUCGCAGUCAGCACCUUCAGCUGCAGGUGGUCCCAGUGCCCAUGGACAGGUGUAGUACUGAAGACAUUAAAGAGGCAUUCAUGGUGCAGGCGCAGGAACAGCAGAUGGAGCUGAUGGAGAUCCCAGAGCACACAGACCUCAAACAGAUUGCACCUCCGGGAACACCUUAUUUUUAUGUGGAACUGGACUCUGGAGAGAAGCUUUUCUAUCACAUUAAGAAAAACUUUCCCCUGCAGUUUGGCCGGGAGGUACUUGCGAGUGAGGCAGUCUUAAACAUCCCCAUGCGAGCUGACUGGAGGGAGUGUAAAAGCAGUAGAGAGGAAGAAGAAGCUAUGACUAAACGAGUGCGCACUGACUUCGAGCCCUUCGAUUUUGCCCUGGAAGAUUGAGACGUAGUCACUGGAGCUAAAAUG